CUGUUUCCCGGUACAGGGAGUGAGCUUGGAGGGCGGAGGAGAUAGGAACAGGGAGAGAGAAGGAAGGGAAAAAGAAAAGGGCACACCAGCCAAUCCUCCCCCUUGCCUCAGCCGGCUCCGCCCAGUCCCUGCUCGGCUUUCUUUCUCUCUCCCUCCCCCUCUAGCACCCACACCACACACUGUCCCAGGCCAGGAACAUGUCAGCCGGACACCAGCACAGCCAGAGCCGGGCCAUCCCCACUAGGACCAUCCCCAUCAGCGACUCCUCUCAGCUACCUCAUGACUAUUGCACCACCCCCGGGGGCACCCUCUUCUCCACCACCCCUGGAGGUACUCGUAUCAUAUAUGAUCGCAAGUUUCUCUUGGACCGUCGCAACUCCCCUCUGGCUCAGACACCUCCUCGCCGCCUGCCAGAUAUUCCAGGAGUAACCAGCCCUAACACUGCUGUAGAGGAAUCCAAAGUAGAAACAAACAACUUGAACAAUCAUGACACAAAGACAGCAGCAGGUGAUGAUUCUCAGUUUGAAAUGGACAUCUGAUCUCCUGGAUGUUUGGCAACAGCUCCCGAAACUUGCGUGUACCUAACUUGGCCAAUAGGAUCAUUUAUUGAAGAAAGGAAAAGAGAAAAAAAAAGUCUGAUGCACAGCUUUGAAAUUAAACCUGCCCUCCCAGGUGCCAAAGGUCAACGCAAAUAAGCAUUUCCACCUUGUCCCUAAAGACUGUAAUAACCCACCUCAACUAGCAUUGUGUCUGUGUGGGGGUGGAGAGACUUGUAACUGAAAAUUCAGUGGCCUAAUUUUGGCAAAGGGAAAGAGAUACAGUUUGCCAAUGUGUACUGUAGCUGUCUGGAAAAUAUAUGUAAAUGGUUGGUGGCAGGAAUGAAAAUUGUACACUUAUGCUUUCUAUACACUUUUUUUUUCUCCCCUCACCCACCCAAAUAUUUUUGUGUUAUUCCUACUAAAUGAUUACAGCAUGGAAUGCUGUGGCUGCUGUGGGUAUUUUUGUGUGGAUUCUUUCAAUAGCCGAUUUUCUCAUGCAGUACUGCUUACGUAGCUCUCGUUUGGGAAAACAAAAGUUGUUUCUGAAUGCCACAACUUAAGUCCUCUAUUUAGGAGCCCUUUGUUGUGGGUCAUCCAAGGGACCCAUCUAGCUGACCACGGAUAGCCCUUUCAUAUAUUAGGGCCCUAAUCAAACUAAGCAUCAGUCAACAAUGUUUAACAAAUCUAUUCAACAACCUUAUGUCAGGUUUGGUUGAUCAAAUCAGGCAAAAUUUAAGUUAAUUUGGUCAGGCUAAAAUUUUUUUUUUUUUGGGUGUUGCCUUGCUUCUUCUUGCUCUUAUGUCAGUCAACAAAAGAGCAACAUGAUUGCCAGGUCCAGGGAAUGCAGGCAAAUGUUUCCCCAUGGAUAUUCAGCUUUAAAUAUGGGCCACCUUAAGCUGUUUCAUUUAGUUCCUGAAAACCUAACCUUUGGGCCUAAUAUGUUUUACAGGUUACUACUCUUUAAAUAAGCUGCAAGUUAUCAUAUUCCACUGUUGUAUAAAAGACCCAUUUAAAUGUACAUUGUACCUAAUAGGUAGUGCAUAAUUCAUUUGGUCUGAACUAUAUAUAGAUUAUAACAUUUCUUAACAAAAUGCUCCACAUGACGUCAAACCACUUUGAGUUAUUUCAUCAAGUUGACUAAAACCUAUAGCUAA